AGUCAAUGUAUGGAUCAGGGUUUUUCGAGAUGAAAAUAAGGCUUCCGCACCAAGACUCUGCUGGAGUUGUCACUGCCUUUUACCUAAUAUCCAAUAAGCAAAACGGUCACGACGAGCUGGAUUUCGAGUUCUUGGGCAACCGCGAAGGCAAACCAAUUACCUUGCAGACUAACAUCUUUACAGAGGGCAUAGGGAACAGAGAGCAAAGAAUUUCUCUCAAGUGGUUCGACCCAGCUGCAGAUUUUCACACUUACCAAAUCCUUUGGAACCAACACCAAAUUGUGUGAGUAAAAUAUGCACUUACUACUCCUGAAAAAAUGGGUCAAAAACUCAAGCUUGUGUGGGUUAACGAAAUAUUGUAGAUUUUACGUGGACGAUACGCCAAUCAGAGUGUUCAAGAACAAGGCAAAGGCAGGGGUGGGAUACCCUGCGUCCCACCCCAUGCAAAUAGAGUGCAGCUUGUGGAAUGGAGAGAGCUGGGCGACGGACGGGGGCAGGUCAAAGAUUGACUGGUCGCGCGCACCUUUCAGAGCAGAGUUCCAGGGAUUCGCGGUGGAUGGGUGUGUAGCAGAUCCGGGCUCCUCCUCCAAAUCCAAUAGUAGUAGCAUUCGCCACUGCUCUUCGCCGGAUUACUGGUGGAACCAGAACCGGUUCUGGACACUGAAUGAGACUGAGCAAAUAAGAUACACCAAAGUGAGGCAGACAUACAUGACCUAUGAUUACUGUGCAGAUCUGUCAAGGUUUCCUACCCCUCCCCCAGAAUGCCUUUAAGGAAAUACCUUGUUGAUCUUGCAUGGACUGUAUUUCAAAAAAACGAAUUUAAAAUGCUUAGGAUCAUAUUACUCUGUCUAAGUUCAAUAUUUACUACCUAUUUUAUUGAAAACCCAACAUAAACUUGUAUUUAGAUUAAAAGUAAAUUUGAUUU